AUGGAGGCGCCAUUAGGACCGAAGCCGGCCCUUCCAGCGCCGGGCGGCGGCAUACAGCACCUCCUGAACCCAUCCAGCUCAACACAACUGCCUUCGCCGCCGCUCCACUCCCCACCAAGGGCAGGGCCAACAGGGGCUAAGGAGCAGCAGCAGCAACAGCAGCAGCAUCAGCAUCAGCAUCAGCAUCAGCAUCAGCAUCAGCAGCAGCAUCAGCAGCAGCAGCAGCAUCAGCAGCAGCAGCAGCAUGGGCAGCACAACCCGAGCUUUCCUGGAAGACGGAUCUUGCCGGGUAUCAGUCGCUCCGUUAGCCUAAGGGGCCCAGGCGCAGUGAGAGGGAUGGAGCAACAGAGGCACUCCUUCUCCCGUUCGCGCAUGGGCUCGCCUUCUCACCACGCGCCUUCUCCACUCCACCAGAUCCCGCCUCUGUCGAGUAUACAGACCCACGGACCGGCACUUCCGAUUCCAUACGCCAACGCCCCUCCCGGCCGCGAGAACACGCCGUCCGGACUCAGGUCGAUUUCGCAACCGCUUUACGGCCCCAGCGACCACAGCCCCGCGAGCUCUCCCGACGAAGAGGAAGACGACGACGAUAGCAUGGGGCCGGACAGGAAGCGCGUCAAGAUGGGAAGGCCGCCGAAGCCCGGGAGGUGGAUGCUUAGUUGGCGGGAUCAGGCGGGCUGGUAUCCGCAGGGCGGCCAGGCAGGAGGAGGAGGAGGCAUGAUGGCGGUGCCCAACGCAGGGACGCUAAUACGCGACUUUGUAACGAGUGGGGGAGCCGAGGACGGCACGGGGCUGGCGCUUCAGAUCCAACCCGAGGGCGCCGAGGCCAUCCGCGUCGACGUGGACAUGUUCCAGGCGUCAAGGGAGGCCGACAACGAGAGGAAGCGCAACGCCAACGCGUCGCGUCGGUUCCGCGAUCGCAAAAAGCAGGAGAUCCAGAUCAUCAAGGAGCAGAAUGCGGAGCUGCAAAGGCAGAACGGCGAUUACAAAAAGGAGCUGGAGGACAUGGAGGCGCGGCUGAACCGGGCCCAUGCCGAGCGCGACUUUUACCGCGACGAAAGGAGUAGGCUGCACAGCAUCGUCCGCGGUAACACGGACCUCUUGCGCGAGGCUGAGCGGACAGCCCCCCCGACCAGCCCGACCAUGUGGUCGGCCCUGCCGAGGCACGCCAGCUCUGCCCUGCCGGGCCCGGGCCCGGGCGAGAUGCAGCACCCCGGCUCGCGGGGCCCGUCGCAGCCCUCGUACGAUGCGAUCUACCACAGCGACGACUCUCCCCAGGGGCGCAUGAGCCUGCCGCCCGUGCGUCGCCGCCGGACCGACCAGGGGCCCGGCGCCGACUUUGGCUCAGCCUCGUCCUACAGCGGCACCUCGUUUCAGAGCCCCCACCAGGGGCCGCAGCACCACAUCACCUACGGCCCUGGCCAUCCGUAUGGCGCCUCGGGCGCCGGAGCUACGCCGCCUCUUCGGCAGGACUCUCGCCACUCGCGGCCUGGCCUCCUCCCGCGAGGCCCGCCCCCGAUCCUGCCCGUCGGACCGUCGUCCCACGGGCCGCAGCACGGCCACCACGGCCCGCCGCACCUGCAACACCCGCAGCCGCAUCACGGCCAGCCGCCUCCUUAUCCCCAGCAGCCGGGCGCUGUAGGCUCAUUGAAACGGGCUGGGCCACCGUAA